CUUUCCGGGAAUCGACUACAACUUUCGCUAUUGCAUUUUGAAACACGUAUGAGCAGAUUUUGUGGCAAUUCAGCACGACAAGUUGACUAAGAAUGGAAGGCACAAAGAAAGAAGAAAAGCCCGUCGUUUGUUUCUUACAACCCGGUUUCAUCCAGCAAGUUAAAGGGCAAGAGAGUCCUUGUUUCGAUGUGGCGGUGCUGGACGAUGCGACUGUGUUUCAUGUACGUCUUAGAGAUUGCACAGGUAAAGCGAAAGGAACAGGGUGCACGGAGAACGGGCAUGAUUGUCACGAAGCCUACGCUUGCAGUUCAACGAAAGUGUUCCUGAAGGUUUUUGGCGAAGGAGAAAGCCUUGAUGAUGAAGAGAAAAUCAAAGCAACGUUACCGGAGAGCUUUGGCGGAGAAGCGGCAGGAAAACCUGAACUACUUUUGAUCAUUGGAGAAAUAUUGAACGAGAAGAAGGAGAAAGAAGAUGGUAUCAAGGUGUGUAUAAUUUCCUUGCAGGAUUGUAUGGUGAUUGAUAUAAUUACGUUGCUCUUGUAGAGAACCCCGCGUUUGUUUAAAGCGUGCUUUCCAUUUGUAGGUUCCGGCUGUCGUGAACUGGUCAUGACUGCCAAUGUGAAAUAUUCUAGAUCGAUCUGGUCUCUGUGUGGAGAUAUGCAGUAGGCGGGUUGCACCGAAUACUAUUGUGCAGUCAAUGAUACAAACUCAACCGGCAAUUGUUUGGGUUGCAAUGAAAAAAACAGAAUAGAAAGACGUACUAUAAUUUGCUUGUUCCUAUAUAAAGUUUUAACAUUUCUCAAGUUAACCACGAUGAACUGUUCUACAAAGGUUACAGAAAGCCAUCAAUUACACAAAUAUACACCGACACUCCAUUACAACGACUACCGCGCGAUCGGUCACGCCCUAAUUAAAAUUUGCCUCUGCUCAGCAAAUCUUCGCCCAGAUUUUCAUCAGUGCAAAGAAAAUAAAACUAUCCGUUUAUUUUCACACACCCUUUUUAUAAUAAAAGUUUAAUGAUGUUUGCAAGCAUUGUUUAGAAUUUGAUGAAAUCACGAAUUAUCUAUUAUUAAUAUCUAAGUCGUUUUCUAUUUUCCACAUAAGGUGUUUCUACGAAGAAAGAGUUCUCCAGAACCGGUGGAAUGCGAUGUGUUGGUCCAGCCCUCAAAGGAUCUGCUCUACUCUCGAAGCAAGGGAAUCCUUGAAUCAGGAAUACUCGAAAAACGUAAAGUUGCAAUUGUCGGCCUCGGUAGCGGCGGAUCGUUCAUCGCAGUGGAAUUGGCGAAAGCCGGUGUCGGGCAUUUCGUGUUGGUUGACUUUGACCGUAUUGAACUGAACAACAUUGCAAGGCACGUGUGUGGGCUUAGUGAUCUGGGACGUCUUAAAACCAACGUGUUACGAGAUAUCUUGCUAAACAAGAAUCCGUUUAUUACCAUUGAGACUCAUUGCUCUGAUAUCAACAAAGUGCAAGAGGCAAGGAAAAUCCUGAAAGAUUGCGAUCUGAUUAUCGCCGCGACCGACAACGUUCGUAGCCGGCUUAAUAUUAACAGCAUCUCCAUUGAACAUAAUAUUCCAACAAUCUUCGGCAAAUGUUCGGUGCGUGCAGCCGGUGGCGAAGUACUCCGAGUUCGUCCGAACGACGGGCCUUGCUUCAGUUGUGUGUUCACUAACCAAAGCUUGGAGGCAAGCCAAGAAGAGGUACGUAUGCAUCACUAACCUCAAAUCUAUUACAUGGUUCACCUGCUUAUGCAUAAAACCAAUGGCAGACAUAUAUUGGUGUGACCACCACAAAUCUACUGUCGUGUUGCCGAUUUGUUAGACGAGCACUUUCUGGUAAUUGGUAGGAAAGGACACCUAUUCUCUAGAUAUACAUAUGGUUUUCAGUGGGUUAAACCUGAUACUGUAGGUAUAAGAUAAUAAAGAUAUGGUAUUCACAUAAGUUGGGUUAACUUCCCUGUGCUUAAAAAAAAACCAUCCUCUCCUUUGAUAGGACCUUUCCUUUGAUUCAAGGUUUUUCGCAGCUCCUUUGGGUGUCCCCCUAGCCAAAAACUAACCUGGAGGCCUUAUUUGUUAAUCAGAUGUAUCAUGAGCUUCUGGUUCGAGUGAAUUGAACAUCCACACUCAGUGUAAUCGACAUUAAAUAAAUUACUACUUCUCUUUUAGGUGUCUAGUUUCAGGCAAGCGAGAGCAUCACAACCAACAUAUGUCACCGAUGAUGAAGUCGAAGCUACCAUUCAAGUUGGGCUAUCAUCAGAUAUUAUCCCUAUUGGAAUCAUGGCCGUGAAGUUAGCUCUGGUCGAGUUAUGUCGUGGUGGAGACAGCGCCUUGGCUACAUUAGAGAAAGAUUUGGUAGCACCGUACUAUCGUUGGGCUAACCGACGAGAACAGGAGUUUGCAGGCUAUCCUGAAGAUGGUUUUGCAGUUUUCAAUCAGCCGUCCAUCCUACGCUGGUAUGCUGUGGAUUUUGAAAGGAAAUCAGAUUGCACCGCAUGCAGGCCAUUGCCUCAGAUUUCUGAAGAAGAGGCGGCAUUCUUUGGCAGCUAGACUGUGCCAUCUGUCCUGGUGUAUCUCUUCUGCCUAAAUUAAAGCUUUUAGCAUACCGUAGAAUUAAUGUACAAUUUAGACACUGCUUAUUUCAUGUUCAAAUAGAUUGAUUAAAUUACAAUUUUAAUUACAAAAGCUUCAGCUGGAAGUUUACAUGUAUAGGUACUAUAGUUGAUGGAAACUCAAUGAAAAGUAUAUUAAUAUCACGUAUAUCAGUUUGUCAUUUCAAGACGAGAGUAGAACAUUUGCAAAACUGUUGCAAGACAAGUUUUACAAGCUUUAGCAAAGUAUGGGAACUGUGUUUAUCUUAUUUAAUAUUACCACUACAGCCUUACAAAGCAUUUAGGCCAUGUCAACAUAUAUAAUAUGUAAUUGUAUGCAAUGUAUAUUGCUAGUAGCCCGUAUAAUAAACCAUUAUUGCAAAAAGAUGCCAUGACAAUAUUAUUGACCAUAUACAAGAUUCAUGAUGAUUAACGCAACUGAAAUGUAGUUACAAAUGCCUGGUAAUACCAAC